AGCUGGCGCGCGCAUUUAUACGAAGUAUAUCGUUCCCGAGUGCAUCCGCGCAGAAUCCUUGCCCGAAGUCGUCAUGCUGCGAUUUAUCCUGCUCGCCACUCUCGUCGGCCUUGCGUGGUCCGCGCCAGCGCCGGCACCCAGACCACUCACCCUCGUCUCCGAGCUGAAAACUCCGGCGUCAACUGCCAAGCUCACACCGCUGGUUGCGCCGAUCGCGCCAAUCGCUACACCAGUAAUCGCACCGGUUUCCCGUCUCGCCUAUGCCGCACCCGUUCUUUCACAGGUAUCACCAUACGCUUAUUAUUCUGCACCGAUCGCGGAGAUCCCGUCGAGUUACUCGAUCGAGCAACAUGGGUACCAUAUUACCUACUGACCGCAAAAAUCAUCAGACCGGUAGCCGUCGACCUCAGUAAAGCCCGUGUGGAAGUAUGCGUAGCAGCUCGCAGCUUGUCUCCUCAUCGAUAAUCAUCUCCUAUCGUGUAAUCUCAUCCACGCAAAAAAAAAAAAGAACU